AUGGAAGAUGCAACAAGCUCAAUUGGCAAGAGCUGCAUUCCACCCGACUUAGAGGAGCAAAUGUUGUCUGGCCUGUGCAUAGACAGGGAUCCCAUCCCCAUUCCAUCACGACACCACAUCCCACAUCAUCCCACCACCUUUCCCAGUCACUUGCCCACACCUGCACCCACCCGCGCCCUCGCCCACUCGAACGCCCAUGCACACCACCCGCCACCCACCUGCCCCUUCGCAACCGCCCACGCCCAGGCCAACACGCCCACACGCCCACAUCCACACACGCCCACCAUGACGCACCCUCGCACCAUCCCGUAG